CGCGGGACACUUCAGAUCAGGACAGGAGUAGCGACACUAACCAGGUAGCGCAAGAAAGACCAAGUGGAUCCUAUAAAACCUUCUUCCUUUGGACCGGAUAAUCCAGCAUCCUUAUCCCAUCAACGAGGAACCAUGAAGUCUCCAAAAUUGAAUUCUCAGGUCAAAUCGACUUUUGUGGACGAGGAAGACCUUAAUGACGUGCUCUGUGAGUUCGACGCGGUGAUGGAGGACUUCUCGUCGCCGCUGGAGAAGCGUCACUUCAGAUACGACGAGCACCUGAAGACCAUGAAGAGACGCAGCAGCGCCAGCGUCAGUGACAGCGGCUUCAGCGACUCAGAAAGUGCAGAGUCACUGAACAGAAACAGCCUCAGCUUCAGCGAUGAGAGACUUAAUUCCCCCACUGUGAUGUCACCUGCCACGAGCUCACCUCCCCUCUUGUCACCCAAAGCCAAACUGGGCGACACCAAAGAACUGGAGGAUUUCAUCGCCGACCUCGACAAGACAUUAGCGAGCAUGUGAUGAGGGGACACCGUGGACACCCUCCUGGAGUGUAGCCAUGGAGAGGCGAUGGAGGAAGUCAGAACCUACCUCCCCCUCCACACUCUCUCUCUCUUCCCCGCUCUCUGAUCCUCAACCACGGCCGAAUACAGCCGGACGCGCCAGGCGAUUCAACAUCAGGACCCUAUUCUCUCCAACCCCCCCCCCCCCUCAUCACCUGCCAUUGCUUGGCUACAGCCAUCCCCCGGGGAGGUCCAGGUCUGCCACCGGGCUACCGUUGGCUGCGCUAUGUCGGCCCGGGACAGGAUCCAACAUGAAACGACGCAGGGGUAAAUUAGGAAUUUCCAUGGAAUUUCAGAGCAGCGCAGCCUUUGGCUCAACGGACACACAGCAUGGAGGCUCGGAGAGGACGGGCCAAACACCCCGGUCCCAGUCCGGCCCGGUCCCGCGCAGGAGAGGAAUUAGAAACUUUAACUGUUGGAAUCUCGGCUUUCCCCGCCAGGAAAGAAGUCAAGCUUCACUCCUUUAUUUCUCCUAAACUUUAAACUCCUAAAGUUUUAAGAGUAUUUAAUAGCGGCUUUUUUUCUUUUACAAAAGGAAAGAAAUAUAUUUGUAAAUGUAUAGAGUUGGAUAUUGUAUAUUUAUCCGUCAGAAUUAUUUUAUGUUGGUGAAAUAUAUUUUUGUAUUUUAUGUACAUAAUAACUGUUUUAAAGUCUAUUUGCCUUGAUAAAAAGUAAGGUGGGCGUCUUGGGUCUGAUUGGCAUUUGUAACACCAAUUGACUGGAGUGAAGCUAAUUUUAAUAUUUUCUUACAAAUGUCAACUGGAAUGUUAAACAGCUCUGGAUGAUGAAACGCUGGAAAGCAAUAGCAUGUACUUAAAAUAGCUAAUAUCUGCCAAAGAUCAUAUUAAAGUAUGGAGCGUUGUUUUAACACA